GAGAGUAUGAGGAGGAAUGCAGUGUGUGACUCCCUGCCCUGGGGGCUGUGCAGACGCUGCUCUGUCAUCAGACGUUAGUUCUGCAAAUAUCAGGAAAUAACUCUGUGGGGGGUUUUCUUUCAUUUCUGUAGAUUCUUGUUCAGUUUACACCAGACCUAUUUCUCAUACAUCUGUUAUUAACGCAGUCAGUCCAGAGCCAGAACUCAGGACAUGUAAGAUCUCAUUACCUGCUACGUGAUGGCCACUUCCUCCUUCACAAGAUACACAGAGUAGAAUCACACUGUCUCCUGCAUGAUGGGCAUUUUUUCAUCAAAAGGGGCUCAGUGUGAGGGGAGCAGGACACCUGGAGACAUUCUGUAUGAGGCUUUGGCAGAUCUGACACAUGAUGACUUCAAAAGAUUUAAGGACAAGUUGUCUGAUUUCUCUGAUGGAGGUCGAGGCUCCAUCCCAUGUGGGCAUCUGGAAAUGGCUGAUUAUGUUACCACAAAAAAUGUGCUCAUAAAAAGUUAUGGAAAGGAAGCAGCUCUGGACGUGACCAUACAGGUCCUCAGGCUGAUAAAUCUUAUGGGUCCUGCAGAGUCUCUCCAACACCAUGUGACCCAACAUGUUAAACCACAGGAGAUGACUACCAAUUUGACACUUGAAGGCUGCAGAGUAAGAUAUAUGGAUCAGAUGAGAAGGAAAUACCAUGUUAUUAAACAUCAUGAUAAAAGACUAGGGAAAACUCUGAAUCUGAAGAAAGAAUACACCAGUCUUCUACUGAUCAAGAAACAUCGAGAUGAAAAGGAGAGACAACAUGAAAUAACAGCUUCAGGCCAGAGGCAUCUACAGAUUAUGCAGGACAGAUCAUCAGAUAAAUAUUCCCCAACCACUAUACAGGCUCUGUUUGAUCCUGAUGAUAAUGGAAUUAUUCCCAAAACUGUGGUGCUACAGGGACCUGCUGGAAUAGGAAAGACUAUGACCUCCCAGAAGAUCAUGCUGGACUGGGCCUCCGGGGAACUGUAUAAAGGCAGAUUUAAUUUUGUGUUUUACAUUAGCUGUAGAGAAGUCAACAACAUCACUGGUAAUAUAAGCCUGGAUGGAUAUAUAUCCAGCUAUUUUGGAAGGACAUGUUCAUCUGAUUUAUUGCAAUCAAUUUUCCUUACCUCAGAAGAAAUACUUUUCAUUAUUGAUGGUUUGGAUGAAUUAAAAUGGUCUUCAAUGAAUGACAUAAAGGUUUGUGAUGACCCAUUUCAGGAGGUCUCAAAAGAAAGUCUUCUAAAAAGUUUGAUUAAGAAAACAUUGCUCAGUGACAGCUCACUAAUCAUCACCACAAGACCAUUCUCACUGAUGAAGUUGGUGGACCUUGCUGAAUGUCUUCUGUAUGUGGAAAUUUUGGGGUUUGCAGGGAAAGACCGUGAAGAAUAUUUCAAUAAUUUCUUUGAAACCAAAGAACAAGCAUACCUGGCUUUCAGUACAGUUAAGGACAAUGAUACUCUGUUCACCAUGUGUGCUGUCCCAAUAACUUGCUGGAUUGUAUGUUCUGUAGUAAAUCCACUACUAAAAGAGGGAUUAUAUGUGAUUGAUUCCAAGACAGCCACAUCCAUUUACCUGUUGUACUUAAAUAGUUUAAAAAAGUAUCAUGGAACGGACCCUGGCCAGUCUAUAAGCACAUGUGUACAUAAGCUGUGUGCUUUGGCCAAUGAAGGAAUUUGGGACCAGAGAAUUCUAUUUGAAGAAUCAGAUCUUGUAAGACAUGGACUCUCUGUGUCAGAGGUGGAGUCUCUGUUUUUGAAUGAGAACAUCUUCCACAGGGACAUCAACACCCGCACCUGCUACAGCUUCAUCCAUCUGAGUGUGCAGGAGUUCUUUGCUGCUCUUUACUAUGUCCUGGAUGAUAUUUCUGUAAAAGAACCUUACACUGACUUAAAAAUGAGUAAGGUGAAAGACUUACUGGAGGCGGUAGAAGAGCAGCCACAUGUAAAAUUAACUAUACGUUUCUUAUUUGGUCUUUCAAGCGAUAAACAAAUUCAGGAGACUCGGAGAACCAUUGGUUGUCCCAUUUCCUUCAGGGAAAAACCUGUCUUAGAGGAAUGGCUCAAAAGAAAGUCUUCAGAUUGCCAUAAUGAGAUACUAAACUGCCUUUACGAGACACAGGACGAGGUCUUUGUGGGGAGAAUGAUGUCUCACAUUCUUAAUGUGGGAAUUAAAGGUCUUAAUAAAGGGAACCAGGAGAACAUUGGUUACCGAGCUUUAGCCUACUGCUUGGAGAGAAGUACAAUACAGCAUAUUGUUUCUUUUCAAGCCUACACAAUAGGACCAAAGGCUCGGAGAGUUCUAUCAAAAGCAUUUGCUAAGUGUCCACAACUUCGGUUCUGGGGCUGCAGGUUUCCUGUUACAGAGGACGUGACUCAGGAUGGAUCCAGUUUAUCUGGACUAUUUGGACAGUGUCAGAUGAAGGAAUUAGAGUUAGUGUGGUGUGGUCUGACUUCCUCCUGCUGUGAAGAUCUCCGCUCUAUUAUUACUACAAACCGCUCUCUGACCAGACUGGACCUGUCAGAAAAUGCUCUGAUGAACUCUGGAAUAAAGCUUCUGUGUGAGGGACUGAGACACCCAGCCUGCGCCCUGCAGGAUCUCAAGUUAUUUAGAUGUUUUCUAACCUCCUCCUGCUGUGAUGAUCUCUGCUCUGUCAUUACUACACUCCGCUCUCUGACCAGACUGGACCUGACACUGAAUGAUCUGGGGGACUCUGGAAUAAAGCUUCUGUGUGAGGGACUGAGACACCCGGCCUGUAUCCUGCAGGAGCUUACGUUAUGGCGCUGUGAUCUGACCUCCUCCUGCUGUGAUGAUCUCCGCUCUGUUAUUACUACACUCCGCUCUCUGACCAGACUGGUACUCUCAGGGAAUGCUCUGGAGGAUUACGGAAUAAAGCUUCUGUGUGAGGGACUGAGACACACAGACUGUAGCCUGCAGCAGCUUACGUUAUGGAGCUGUGGUCUGACCUCCUCCUGCUGUGAUGAUCUCCGCUCUGUUAUUACUACAAACCACUCUCUGAUCGGACUGGAGCUGUCAUUCAAUGCUCUGGGGGACUCUGGAAUAAAGAUUCUGUGUGAGGGACUGAGACAUCCAGACUGUACCCUGCAGACUCUAUGGUUAGAGAGCUGUGCUCUGACCUCCUCCUGCUGUGAUGAUCUCUGCUCUGUUAUUACUACACACCACUCUCUGACCGGACUGGAGCUGUCAGAGAAUGCUCUGGGGGACACUGGAAUAAAAAUUCUGUGUGAGGGACUGAGACACCCAGCUUGUACCCUGCAGCGUCUUAGGAUAUCGGGCUGUGGUCUGACCUCCUCCUGCUGUGAUGAUCUCCGCUCUGUUAUUACUACAAACCGCUCUCUGACAGGAAUGUACCUGUCAGACAAUGAUCUGGGGGACUCUGGAACAAAACUUCAGGAGUGUGUGAGGCCACCUCUGGAGAUUCUGGUGCAUUCCAAUGACCCAACUUAUAGAGCGUUGCAUCAAUAUCUCCUAAAGAAGCUCCAAGCCCCCACCCAGCAGAAAGGGAGAUCCACCACACACACCAGUGAUGCUGCACACAUUGGAGGCAGAGCAGGUCCGCAUCUGGCUGUAAGCCCUCAAUGACUCUUCUGUGAGAGAUAUCAGGAUAACAUUGCCAAACAGAAGCCGAAUGGCAGAAUAUGACCUGUAUGAUACUUGGAGGACAGCACAUCCGGUGGAGAGGACAAUACAACCUAAUCUCUCACUACACCACAGGCUGUGACCCACCUACUGAUGUAAUACUCACUGACCAGCGGAUCUUCUUACAGAUUUUCACUAUCAAAUAAAGAAAUAUAGCCAGGCCAUGUCCAGUACCAAUAAUGUGUGAGGCCGUCUGUCCAGGAACAGAGUUCAGGAAAUAAGCAACAAAAUCUCCAGCCCAUUAUAGACAGCCAAGAUGAUUGCCGGACAUUAUACUACACACUGAGAAGACCUUAGAUGGAGAGUGAUGUCACAGCCAUUAUCAGAUCUCAUCCAAAGGGCCUGAGGGACAGAUUUUUAUUUCUUCUGCGCAUGCAUCCAAUUGUGAUUGAGACGCACGGUCUCAGAAAUACCUUGAAAAUGUAUUGGGUGUUCCUGGAAGGUGGCUAUGCAGACACGGGUUGGGGCUGAAAUGUCGGCAGGCGAGAUGCCGGCAGUCAGAAUAACGACCAUGGCAUCCCGCUGUUUAGAAUCCCGAGAGGAGUCGGGAAUCAAGCUACCCCUCACCCCCUAACCCUCCCUUACUGCAGCCUAACCCUCCCCCCAGCCUAAACCUAACCCUCCACCCACCAGCAGUCUAACCCCCCAUGGCUUACCUCUCCAACGUCGCGGCAGUCACUCAAUCGGGAUCCUAUUCGGCAUUCUGAUCAGUGUCGGGAUUCCGGCGUCUGUCUUUUGACAGCCAGGAAACCGACCGCUGGGAUCCUGACCAGAUCUGGCAGACACAGAAAUGGUCUGUCAUAUAGGCGUGUUGCAGGAUCAUCACUGAAGUGGCUGCAGACGCAGAAGUAUAAUCUCUCACAUUGGAGGAAACACUCUGACAAUCUUUGCCUCAGGGGGCUGAUGCAAGUUCCGAUGGUGCGAUCGAUGGUGGGUGUCUCAGGCCUUGCACAUUCAGGUGCCAGGCUGUACCGCAGGGAAAGGCUUAUAGCAGUAUUUGCAUGAAGUUACAGACACCGCUGCAUGUGAUUCAGAAUGGGACACUGCUGCUAUUACAGACGCCCAAUGGACUUUCAGAGAUGAAAAAUAUUUUAUGUUCUGUUACUGGUAAUUGAGGCUUUUCGGGAUCAUUUCCUACAAUUUUUAAACUCUACAUUAAAAA